AGAGGUGUCAUGGUACGAGUAGUCGCUGAAUGGUUCGAAAAGGUAGUAGACCCGACCGCGACGCAGUACGUGUGUGGGAUGAAUGUGGAUAUGAAAGGCCAGGGUUUAGCCAGAAAGAACGGAGAAAUCCACAUGGAGAUUGACCCAGUGGAUGAGGCGAAGCACUUGCGGGCCAAGGAGAUAUCCAAGGCUUUGGACGGGAAGGACCUAGAGCUUAGAGCGCUGAUGGAUACGAGUAGGAUGGCGAUAGGCCAUGCAGAAAGGCAUGACAUUAAUAACAUAGCACGUGAAGAUGUCGAUAUGGAUGACUAUUGCUAUGAUUGUACUGAAAGGUUGGCUCAAAUGAAGACAAGGAGUUGUGAAACAAACGGCGAAUUGGCGUAUUUGGAACCACAGAAAACGGUAUUCGGAUACAGCUCUUGGGGAUAUAGUUCAAAUGAAGCUGGAGGUUCUAACGCACUGUGUAAUAAUAAGAGUGGAGAAAAGUUGGCACCGGGGACCGGGAAAAAGUCAAACAGAUCCAAAAUCGCGCCCCCUCCAAACGACAGAGCGAGUCGAAGGGUAAGAAAGCUUAAAGAAGAAUGGCUGAAAGAAAGUAAAAAUGGGAACAAAGGCAAGGCAGCCAAUGGUAAAAAGAGUGAGCAUAUGGACUUCGUAUUAAACGAGAAUGGGGAACUUUGUAUACGAUAUAAAGAGAAGGACCCGGGAGGUAUCGAAACGGGUCAUCCCACCGUUGAGAAGUGUUUGGAUAUAGCAAGAGUAUUCGAUGCGGAAGCAGGUGAUGGAGACUUGGCUGUACUUCGUGAAGGGGCUUCCGAGAGAACUUUUGAGACACAGCCUAAAGGUGGACCUAAGGAACGUGCGAAGACAGCUCCCGAUAAACCAGUAACAAUCGCAGACCAUUCGCCCACGCCUGAAGAAAUUUCGGAGGCGUUGGGACUCGAUGGAGAUGAUUUGAGUGAUGUCGAUUUCGAUCCAGCAAUCAACGAAAUCUGGUGCCGAAUCUGCUUCAAAUUCGACAGGGCGUCGCGUGCGAGUUACGUAUGCUUCGAAUGCACAGAGCGCUUCUGCGCAGCCUGUGCAUGUCGGCACGAGUGCGGUAUCAAGGAACGUGCUAAACAGAGGCACUGUGACUUUCAUAUGCACCAUGUGUCGCCCCCAAAGGUGAUCCAGUGCAACAAGUGCGCUGUUGUAAAGCCACUGGCAAAGCAGAAAGUUCAGAGUUUUAGCGCGAAGGGCUGGAGAACGGAUCGUUUUAAAGGUACAGAAGCUUGCGACAGAAAAAUAAAACAACUGCAGGAUAAGCAAGUCAUCCAGUUUUGCAAGAAGAAGUUCAACUUUGACAACACAGAGCACGAGCGCAUUCGCGAGCAUGAUGAAUAUCUCAUGAUGCGUGAACGUGAGCGUCAGGAGAUGAUGUGCAUGCGCGAGCGGGACGAGGCGAUGCGCUUGCGCAAGCGUGAGGAUAUGAUACGCAUGCGCAACUACCAGAUGGAGAUGCGCAUGCGUGAGCGAGAUGAGGAGAUGCGGAUGCGCCAAUGCGACAGGGCGAUUCAAGAGCAUGAGAGUCAACUUCAGCAGACGAAGGCAGCGUUGAAGGCCAUGGAAGACAGAAAAGAUGCAUUGGUUCGCCGAAAGGUGGCGAUGAUUGUUAAAAAGGAAGAUGUCCUAUAGGAGAUAGAUGACUAUUCGAAAGCGAUAGAAGUGAAUGUAUUGAUCAGAUCGAUCAUACAAAUGGGAAACGUCAUUAAUAAUGCGCCAAAUGCCAGCCAAAAAUGAGCCACUGGAAUACGCUGGCCUUGGACUGGGGGUCUUGGGCAAAGAACUCUUGUGGCAAACAAGAUCAGUCAUAGGCAAGAGGAAUCAGUACAUGGUCAAUGUUGAUGAAUAUCAUCACUUCGUAGAUCUCAUGCAAUUCUUUAUAAGAUAGAGUGGACUUCUUGUUAUCGUGGGCUCAACGUGGCAUAUCCCGGUAAUCGCGUGAGAAAUCGUCACACUGGCGUAGGUAUAAACUGGUGGCCAGCUUAUAAUAUCCAUCUUAUUCGCCGCCAUACGGAUUUUAAACGAACUAAUUUUCGGGGCGGAGAGCACGGUCCUUCUGUUGCCCACUUCCGUUUGCAUAUCAAUUUCGUGUUGUUUUUUUUUGUGAAACGGCUUCAGUCAAUUAUGCAAAAGUAUGUCUUACAUGUAAACGAGUAUUCUAGUUUAGGUUGUUAAAGACACUCUAUGCAACACUUCAAAAGAUACCAUAGAAUUUGCGUUUCUAAAUUACAUCUUUGUCAGUGAUGUUCGUUCCUGUUCGUUAGUAGGUUUUACUUCAUUCACACGAGGUAGGACGGUGUCGAAUUAACCAACCAAUUUGACGUGUUUAUCAUACAAAAUUCCCUUGCAACCUUUGGAGAGGCAUUAUUGCACAGGGGGAGGGGGUUGCUAGGAGAAAUCCCUGUAAAAUGUACAAAUUUAUGUGUGUAUUGAUUUCUACUCAUCGUUAUUUCGCGGAACGUACCCCAGCACUUAUUGGACCGACCAACAAAUGAAGGUUUAGUGUGUGUCUUUAAUAUUGUAAAUACAUGUAUUAUGGUAUACGUUCCUAUAAUGAUGAUGCACCCAAUGAUUAAAUCAAGUAUUACCUCACCCUCUGUAUACUCUCAGCAAUCCCCCCUGAGCCUACUUUCAUCCGCGGUAACAUUUAUAGUUGCCAGAUCGAUCGUCAUCGCAUAAAACUGAUCGUGUUAUUAUUGAAAGUAUACGUACUCAUCGAAAUAAAAUAUCGCGCAAUAAGGGCGGCUGGUUUUAUCGUUGUGAUGAAUUAUCUUGCUGUUCACUGAGGGACUGAGUUUUGCUGAAAAUCUGUUGUUCAGGUAUUCUAAUAAUCAAAAAUAUUAUCAACAUUAAGAACAGUUGAUAGGUGUGCAUAUCCACUGAGGAAUG